UGUUCUCUCCACACGUCGAUUAAAAAAAAAAGGAAACUUCUUGUAUGUACGUAUUCAAAAAAUCAGAUAUCUGCGUGACAUUGGCAAAAUGUGGGCUUGAAUUUCAAGUGUAUCGUUCAAGAUUCAAUUUCACACUAUACUUUUCCGACGUUCAAAAAUUAAAAGAUCGUCAACAGUUUUGAAAAUAUGAACGAGUCUUUCUUCCAAUUAUUUGCGAUAUGUUUAGUUUCGUGUUUUUGUAAUUUUUCAGUUCCGGUAAAAUCCGAAAAUGCUCUAAUUUUCAAACAAAAUACCAAACAACUCGAUGAGCUGAUGAAAUAUGGAAACGAAUUUUGCCAAGAUUGCUUAACUGCUUGUCCAGCUUCCUCACAAUUGGAAACGUAUUUUACCAACUAUCAUUCGAUUUCUAAAAAUGCCCUGUUUGUCGAACACAUUUAUAAGGAUCGCGUCUACGCAAGAAAUAUGGAAAUUAAUAUUUGCGACGAACCAUUCAAGCCUAUAAUUGUUUGGGAUACUAGCGAGAAAACACAUCGUAUUGGUUACGAGCUUUACUAUAAGAAAACUCAAAACACAAGUUUGAAAUGUGAUAUCUACAGCAGAUUUGAAAAAAUUGUAUAUGGAAAAAAAGAAAGCAUACCAAGUACAAGUAGAGAUAUUAAACGAGUUCGAAAGUACAAAGAUGAAGACGGUAAUACGGUAUUCGAACUACUGAACUACAUGAAUACAGAAUUGGUAUUUUACUGGAUUCCGGUGAUAUCAAUCAAAUCCUGGACACCAGUAUUAGUUUCGCUUUCGAAAUUCAAUUAUAGACAGAUCAGCUUCGAAAAAGACGUUAUGAAUAUUUAUAAACCACAAGAAACAAUGACCGAAUGCAAAGAAUAUAAUUUAGGAGAUGGCUGGCAAAAGGUAUCCACGAAUGAAAUGACGAACGAGACAUCAAAACUACCACCAUGGCCACCUCAAAAUGAACCAACACCAACACCAUGCAGCAAAACUGAUGAAAACUGCAAGCAAUUGACUCAAAUAAUGCCUAUGCGAUAUUUUCACACCACAGCAGCCAAGCUCGCAACUUGCACGUAUCUAAACGUAGCACACAUUUGGAAAAAUAUCGCCAAUGGUCGAUUGAAAAAAAUUGACCAAUAUUUAUACGCGGUAUAUUGGAUAUGGGUUACCAAUGAUAUAAAAAUCAUUUUUGGAAUACAAGGCGAAUUAAUAUCAGAAAAAAACUUCUUGGCGGACAGUUCCUACGACGGAAUAAGCAAUUUAUCAAAAAAUGAAAGAAAUCGAAUUUUCCCCACGCCUAAAAUAAUGUACAGACUAGUCAAAUACGAAGUCAAAGGCAACCUAUAUCAAACCAUCGUUGUAAUUCAUAACAAUCCGAGUACUGAUGAAGUAACGAGUGAGGAUAGAAUUUGUCGCGAGGAAGACGAAGUAAAAGGAUGGGAUAGAAUAAAAAACAUCGAGGGCGAACCAGGGCUCAGUUAUGCUUGUCCUCUGACAAAACAAACUGUGGAAAGAAUAACAGUUGCUAAGGAUGCGUUUUUGUUGUCUGAGGCACUGGAACUGAACGCUUUUCCAAAGUAUGAUGCUAAUAUUGGUGGAAUAUCUCGCGAUGAUGAAACCGAGAACAUCGAGAAAGAAUUUGAGUACAUUACUAAUCAACUGAAGAUUUUUGAUUGAAUUGAAAAAUACCAAUUUUUAGUUUAGUUUGUGCUAU